GGCAUCGAUUCGGGAUGAAGUCGGAACCUAGCCUCCGGUUUCAAGAUGACAGCUGUACGAGCCAAAAGUUAAUACAACUCCAGAAAGCAGUAUAUGUGGCCAAUCGUGCUCUGCAUCACUUUGGGUUCCAUGAAUGGAAAUACAACUAUGCCAAUAGGUUGACUCUGAUGUCUUUAGUACCACAUGACAAUAUUGAUUCGUUUUCUUUGGACGACUCCAAUAGUGAUUUUAGAACGUAUUUAAAAAAUAGUGCCAUUGGCUUCAAAAAGUUUCUUCUUCACGAAGACAUGAAUCGAUUAGAUGCAGUCAAAGCACAUAAUAAAAGGUAA